AUGGAUAAAAUUAAAGAAAAUCCAUCUCAACAUUCCCCUGAAGGAUUACUUUCUAUUAAUGCCAGCCCACUCUAUGUUGGACAUUCACUGUUAAUUCCUUCUCCACAAAAGUUUUUGCCUCAAAUACUUUGUUUUGAGGCAAUCAAAAUGUCUAUAGAAUUGUUACUUCUGAUAGAAGAUGAUAAUUUUUUAAUUAUUUAUAAUGGAUUAAUGGCACAUGCGAGCGUAAAUCAUUUACAUAUGCAAACAUUGUUUUGGCCGUGUAAAAGUGGAAUUUUGGAAAAAUCAGUAAAGGUUGGAAGAUAUUAA